AUGCCGUCCAACAAAGGCUACCUCUACUAUCUCCUCCACCUGUCAGAGGUGCGGGCCAUGAUCCAAUGGAAACUCUGGCACAGCCCCGUCCAUGAGCGCGACCCCAGCAAAGAGUCGGAGACAUUGAAGCAAUGCUUUUACUACCUCGAUAUGACCUCGCGCUCAUUCGCCGCGGUCAUCAAGGAAUUACAUCCGGAGCUGUUGGUCCCCGUCACAUUGUUCUACCUGGAGCUGCGCGGUCUGGACACCAUCGAGGAUGACAUGACCAUCAGCCUGGAAGAGAAGGAACCGCUGUUGCGAGAUUUCUGGAAGAUCGUGGAUGAUCCGAACUGGACCUUCGACGGCAACGGUCCGAAUGAGAAGGACCGGCCCCUGUUGGUCCACUUUGACAACAUUGGAAAGGAGUUCGCCAAGAUCAAAGAGCCGUACAAGGACAUCAUCCGAGACAUCACCAAGCGAAUGGGCAAUGGUAUGGCGGACUACGCAAAGAACGCGGACCAUCUGGCCAACGGCGUCAAGACCGUCAAGGACUACGAGCUGUACUGCCAUUACGUAGCAGGUCUUGUCGGCGAGGGUCUGACGAGGUUGUUCGUCGAGGCGAAGCUGGCCAACCCGGCCUUGCUCCAGAGACCAGAGCUUAUGGAGUCCAUGGGCCAAUUCCUCCAACAGACCAACAUCAUCCGAGACAUCCGCGAGGACCACGACGACAAGCGAUACUUCUGGCCCAAGGCCAUCUGGUCGAAACAUGUCGACAAAUUCAGCGACCUCUUCGAGAAGCAAUACGAAGAAAAGGCGCUACAGUGCAGCAGCGAGAUGGUCCUGACCGCGCUCAAACGCGCCGACGACUGCCUCUUCUACAUGGCCGGCGUGAAGGAGCAAUCGGUGUUCAACUUCGUCGCGAUCCCACAGAGCAUGGCCAUCGCCACCCUGGAGCUCUGCUUCCAGAACAAGGACAUCUUCCACCGCAACGUCAAGAUCACCAAGGGCUCCGCCUGCGAGCUGAUGACCCAGUCCACGCAGAACCUGCAGCUGGUCUGCGAGGUCUUCCGCCGCUACGCCCGCAAGAUCCACCGGAGGAACAAGCCCAGCGACCCGAACUUCCUCGAGAUCAGCAUCGCUUGUGCACGCAUCGAGAAGUUCAUCGAGACGAUCUUCCCGACCCAGUCGGCUCGGACGCUGCAGGCGGGUCUUGCCGGCCCGACGCUGACCCCGGACGAGGCGGCUCGAAAGGCGAGCGAAGAGAAGGAGGCCCGAUUGGAUGCGAUCUACUUGAUCGGCGCGACCAUGGUGACUCUGGGUAUUAUCACCGCGACUAUGAUUGGCGCGGCUUGGUUUUUCGGCGCCCGCUUCGAUCUCGCGUUUGAUGCACUCAAGGAAAGCCUUUCCUCCCUCACCAACAGCAACAACGGCGAAAAGGUCGUCGCUUCUGUCUCGUCUGCUGCCAAGAGUGUCACGAGCGCAUACGCUGGGCGACAUGGUGAGCUCUGA